CUCUCUCUCUCUCUCUCUCUCUCUCUCUCUCUCUCUCUCUCAACCACUAUUAACCAUCCAUCUACAAUGCCUCUUCUUUACCAUCUUUCUCUCUCUGUCCUUUUCAUUCUUCUUCUUCCUCUUCCCUUUUCCUUCACUCACCCUCACUCUCAUAUUCCUUAUGGCUCCUUCUACUGAUAUCAAUCAUCUUUCUCAUCCAUGUAUAUAUGGGGAUUAUGUUUCUUCACAUCCAGAGAGAAAGUCUGGUUUCAUGAAAUGGCUUAGUAAACUUUUCAAAGGUGGGUCCAAUAGAGGAAGGAGUGGUCGUCAUCUUCAUGAUCCUUCUGAGGAAAGCUUGUCUUGGCGUGCUCCAUCUAGAGCUUUGGAUGAUCGUGCUAGAGCUCAGAAGGAAAAAGAAGAUUUAGGCCAUGCAAUGUCACUUUCUUCAGGUGACGAUAUGAAGCGACCAAAUGCUCAUCAAGGAUAUAGGUGGGGGGAAGAAAAUGAUGAAGAUUAUGGAAAGUCACUUCAUGAUAACUUUAGCUCAUCUGCACAUCCUCCAUAUGCUCCUGCACCAUUUUAUCCCACUGAAUAUAGAAGAAUAUGCGGUGGCUGCAACCAAGACAUAAUAUAUGGAAAUUGUUUAGGCUGCAUGGAUACUUAUUUUCAUCCAGAUUGCUUUCGAUGCCACUCUUGUCGCUAUCCUAUUACGGAGCGCGAGUUUUCUUUGUCAGGGAAGCAUCCAUAUCACAAAUCUUGUUUUAAAGAGUUGACUCAUCCAAAAUGUGAAGUUUGUUUCCAAUUUAUUCCUAUAAAUGCUGCUGGUUUGAUUGAGUAUAGAUGCCACCCCUUUUGGUCCCAAAAGUAUUGUCCUUCUCAUGAAUAUGAUAAUACAGGUCGCUGUUGUAGUUGCGAAAGAUUAGAGCCUCGCAAUAUAAAGUACUAUCGACUCGAGGACGGGCGAAGCUUGUGCUUAGAGUGCAUGGAAUCUGCUAUAAUGGAUACUGGUGAUUGUCAGCCUCUAUACCAUUCAAUCAGAGAUUAUUAUGAAGGAAUGCAUAUGAGAAUAGAUCAGCAAGUUCCAAUGCUUCUUGUUGAGAGAGAAGCACUUAAUGAUGCUAUUGUUGGAGAGAAAAGUGGAUUUCAUCAUUUGCCAGAAACAAGGGGUUUAUGCCUUUCAGAAGAACAGACUGUAACCAGUAUACAUAGAAGGCCAAGAAUUGGAGGUCAUAGACUUGUUGGAAUGAGAACUCAGCCUCAAAAGCUGACAAGAAAAUGUGAAGUUACUGCAAUUCUUGUUCUAUAUGGUUUACCAAGGUUGUUGACAGGUGCUAUACUCACGCAUGAAUUGAUGCAUGCAUGGUUACGCCUUAAAGGUUAUCGCAAUCUCAAUCCUGAAGUAGAGGAAGGAAUUUGUCAAGUUCUUUCAUAUCUGUGGCUUGAGACAGAAGUUAUGCCAACAAACUCUAAUUGUAUGCCAUCAACAUCCACAGCUGCUUCUUCUUCGUCCUCCUCUUCAUCAUCAAAGAAAGGUGCACAGUCUCAGGUUGAAAAUAAAUUGGGUGAAUUCUUCAAGUAUCAAAUUUUCAAUGAUUCUUCCCCAGCUUAUGGUGGUGGUUUUAGAGCUGCUAAUGAAGCUGUUAAUAAGUAUGGUUUACGUAGUACUCUUGAUCAUAUUCGUUUGACUGGUUUUUUCCCUGUGUAAUAAGAACACAUGUUCUCUAAGUAUGGAUUGAAGAGCUUGUUGUCUUCUUUUAUUGUUCUACAAGCGACUCUUGGUCCUUUUUUCUAUUCAACUUUGUCUCUUUGAAUGGUUCAAAUUCAAAAGCAGAGAGAGGCUCUGACAACUCUUUCAACAUGGUCCUGUGAUGAUGUCAGAAUCCAAUUUGACAAAAAUUAUGUAUUCUAUCACUUAUUUCCUAAUGUACUAUUUAGCUUAUCAUUUCAUCAAUGAAGUUGACAAUAUAAUAUAACAUUACUUUCACAAA